AGUUAAGUGAGUCCACUAAAACAUAUGGUCAGCAUCCAAUGUCGAAAACUUAGAGCUAUUUAUUUUGGCGAGUAGAAAAGCCAAGAACGAACAAAAUACCCCUGGCAUACAGGUUUUCACACCGAGUCAUCAAUACUUGGAACCUGCUGCCUGAAGCAGUGGUAUCCGCACCUUCAAUUGACUCUUUCAAGAGAAGACUGGACACUCACAGAAGCAUACUAGAAAAGGAAUAACAUAGGCCGUAGGCCUUCUGUCCUUACUACACAAAUCUGAAUCUGAUUUAUUUACCGCUAUAGCUGGAAUUCCCUGCCGACUGAAGUAGUCCAAGCGACUUCCCAGGAGUCCUUUAAGAGCAAACUUUACCUAUUCUUAAGGACUCAGGAUAACAUCUUAUUAUGAGUUACCGAUUUCUUUUUUUUCUAAUCUAUUAUAGUUUAUAUACCUAGGUUCCUGCCUGGAGGUAUUGGUGAUCCCCUGCUACCAGAUACGGAAGCCUGUUAAGCGAAAGCUUCUAUUCCGUCCACAACCAUUUGAACCAUUUGAACCGUUUGAAGCGCAAGCGUUUAAUGGUAAGACGUAAAUCUUGGGCAAAUGGUUGCAGUGCAUCCGUAAGAAGACUAUUGGUGUGGUGUGUUAUUGGGUCUCGACCGGUAGUCACAUGCUGUCAAAAGUGAUUCUAAAAGCAAAUCGUUCUUUUCUCUCAUUGGAUCUCAAAUUUUUGAUCGCAUAAUAUUUCAGAUUUUUGUAGCCAUUGAAAUUUAAUAUUUUAAUAAUACCUAUUUUUUGCAUAGUUUAAUGUCGGGUCAGAUGUCGAAAUCAUGCACAAUCAUGCAGGAUCCCGUCUCAAACCCAAAUAUUGAAGAGGCCAUUUAUGAUAGUGACAAAAAUUCUCAUGGAAGAUGUACUUCAUCAUUAUAUGAAGAUGAUGUAAAAGUUAUGGAAGUGAAGGAAAAAAACCUGGCCUCAUCAUAUCAAGAUUCUGAGUACACGCGAUCUUCUGAUGGUUCACAAUAUUCAGUUGGACGUAGUAAGGAUAGUCCUAUGGAAAAUAUUUCACCUUCCGAUAUCUUAUCAAAUAAUCAGGCGAAUGGAGUCCGUUGGCGUCAUUGUGUAAACAAUGGUCAAGAGAUGUACAUUAACGAAGCAACUAAUGAGAAAUGGGUUCCAGCAACUGAUCAAUAUGGAAAAACAUAUUAUUAUGAACUAAACACUCGUCAUUCCGUAUGGGCACUUGAAGAUCUAGAAACAUCACCUACAGACGCGCCACAUUCGUCCGACUCAUUGAAUAAUUAUUUAGAUAUUAAUGAACCGAAUGCUUCCAAGGAAGCUUUUGACUGUUCAGUAUUUGAAGAUGAAAAUAAUGGUUCUUAUGUUGAUCAGUAUCCAUCUGUAUCUAGACUGUCAAGUAUCAGUAAAGUUAAUCGGAGAACAAUGAGUCAAUCUAAAGUGUCUCAUCGAAGUUCACAUGUACCUUCUGAAGUUUGUUCAACACAAGUCAUCAAUCGACCUUUCAGUUUAGUCAGUCUUGAUGAUCAAGAUCAAGGAGCAGGUGGACGUUUUCAGAUGAAGAAUCUAAGCAAAGAACAUAUCAGUGGACCAAGUGAAAAUAAACUUACGCACUUUGAACGACGUGGUGCAGUUAUUCGUACAAUGUUAAUUGAAAAUGGCAAACGUAUAUCAAAAAAAUGGAUACCAGGUGUAUUACAUCUUAGUGGUCCAUUACUUUUUUUAUACAAAGAUAAUAAGCCUUCGUUACCUAAAAUACAUCAACCACUUGGUAAACCUGACGUUCAAUUCAACAUUAGAGAGGUAAAAGUUAGCGAAGCAAACGGUGAACAAACAUCAAGAAAGAAUGUGCUCAAAAUUGAAUGUGAAACUGCUGGAAAGUUGAAUGUUCAUUUAGUACAAAUCCCAGCCAUCGAUUAUGAAUCGUGGAAAGCUGCAAUACGAUAUGCGAAGGAUCUUUUGAAUGAAGAUCAUGGAGUCACGUUAGGACGUUCAUUAACCAGAUAUGAUUCGGGACAACCUUCUGUGCUCGAUAAAAAAUUGUUGGUUAAAUUGCGUGAUUUUUUUAGAACAAGACCAACUGCUGCAUCCCUACGAUCUCGCGGUAUUUUAAAGAAUGAAUCUGUAUUUGCAUCUACAAUCAUGCAAAUAUGUGAGAAUGAAGAUUCUGAUGUACCUAAUUUUAUUGUUCGUGCAAUUCGUGCUAUUGAAGCUCGAGGACUUGAUCAUGUUGGGAUUUAUCGAUCAAGCGGAAAUGGUGCUACAAUCCAAAAACUUCGCUGUGCCGUUAAUCAAUAUAACUACAGUUUAAAUUCUGAAAAAUGGAGUUUAGAAGUAUUAACAGGGGCAUUAAAAUUAUUUUUUCGUGAACUUAAAGAACCACUUAUAACAUUCAAAAUAUAUCCAGAAGUUGAUCAACUAUUGGGUGAUAAUGAUAUAGCGCCAGAUUUAAAAGUGAUUAGAAUGCGAGAAUUGAUCAAUUCUAUGCCUGUCCCACAUAUCAACACAUCUCGAAUAUUUUUUCAUCAUUUGUACAGGGUAAUGCAAUUGUCCAGUAUCAACCAAAUGCAUUCUUACAAUUUGGCUAUUGUUUUCGGACCUAGUUUAAUUUGGCCAGAAGUAGAGUCUGUCGCAUAUAGAGCACUUAAGUCUGUACAGGUCCCAUGUAUAGAAUAUUUGCUUACACAUGUAGAGGAAAUAUUCGGACCAGUAACCCCACCGCCAGUUAUUUCAUAAGUCCAUACAUGGAAAUAAAUACUGUUUCUAAUAUUUUAUAUGAAUAAUAGGUUAAGUCCAACCAUUUUUUAAAUACAAACACAACGCAUUGCUCAAAAUCUACUUGUUUGUCUCCGAUCCAAUUAUCAUUAUCAGCUUUAGAGUUAUCAUCAAAUAUUUUUGAUCUCUUAUAAUGUUUUUCAAGUCCAUAUUGUCACAACACAUGUAUAGUGUGUAAUCUUUUGCCUUUUUUUAAAAAAAACACGCACCGAGUAGUAAUUUUGCAAUCCUAUAUAUUGUAACUUUCCUUAAAUUUAUUUGCUUUCUAGUAAGCACUUUUGUUUGCAAUAAACAUCACUUUAUACUUGCUAAAAUAAUUGCAAAAAUGUGAUACAAAAUAACACUCAGCACUGUAAAUUUCUCUUGUUUUCUACUACAUUGUUAGGGUUUGAAUGAUUUCAACGAAUAUCUUCUGUCCAUAGUUUUCGUUUUGUUUAAAUUGAUUCAUUUGUUUUACUAGUCA